AUUUUAUUUCUUAUGUUUCCCUUCAUAUGAACCAAGCAGCAGCUGUUCUGCAACAUGUGGCUGUGGGCUCUGCUCCCCGUCUGUCUGGCUGUCUUUGGCACCGGGGGCAUUUGGACUGUGUUUGUUGUGGCUGUAACUAACGGAUCAGUGAACCUCACAGAGGGAGUCCCUUACAUCAGCGAGUGCGGCACAUACAACCCUCAGAGCUGCCUCUUCUCCCAGAUCUGCAACAUCUGCUCAGUUUUAGCCCUGUGGAUUGUGCUGAUCCGUUUCCAGCAGGUUAGGGACUAUGGUAACCAUGGAAACGCCAACACUGCCGGGAUUGUUUUGGGAUUCAUCGCCUCUGUUGGGAUCUCUGUCAUCGGCAACUUCCAGCAAUCAGUUUUAAUGGAAAUUCACCUUUUGGGAGCUUUCCUGGCUUUCUUUGUCGGCCUGGCCUUCUUCUGGAUACAGCUGUUUCUAACCUACAGGGCUCAGCCAUCCCAGGACCGGUGCUGGGUCGGGCCUGUCAGGGCGACCGGCUGCAUCCUCGCUACCAUCCUGGUCAUCGUUAUGGCCAUUCUCGCCAGGACAGGCAAUCACUCUGGCGCUGCUGUGUGUGAAUGGGUCUUGGUCAUGUUGUUCUUCUGCCUGUUUGGCCUUUUUGCAGCUGAGUUCAGACACAUCGACUGCCACCGGCUCACUGUCCAGAAACAAGCUCUGAGGGACGACUGCAGCCCUGCAACAAUAGCAGUGAACUGUUAUGUUGCAAACGCGCUCAGCUGAACAC